AUUCGUAUACGCAGGCAUUACGAUCUGAUCAUUCGAUCAUUUGGCAGCACAUACAUAAAGUAAUACCAUUCCAUUACAUCAAUAAAAAAAUAAUUAUGUACGAGUAUCAAUGAGUACUUAAAUAAAUAAAAUAACAAUUAAACAAACCUGUGGUUUUUAGUUAAAUGUCAUUUGGUUUCCGAGUGUGUGACUACAUAUUGUAUUGGUUACCCAGCAGAUACGCCAGCAUAUACACAUCGUCAUAUACGUACAUGUAUUUUUAAAAAAAUAUAUACAUAUGUAUGUAUGUAUGUAUGUAUAAUAAAGGGGUUUAAGACGGUGGCAUACUAUUAAAUCUACGUCAUCUACUACAGUAAAGUUACUUUGAUACAUGAAUGUGGUGAAUUAUUUAAGUUUAAAUACAGAGGAAUGCAUAUCCAUAUAAUUUAAUAAAUGAGUGUUGUCAUUACGAGGAUAAAAGUACCGAUUUUAAUAAUUACGUAAAUAAUUACUUGUGUUACAAUUCGAUAUAAAUUUUUUAUUUUUUUUUUUGAGUGAAAUUAUGAUAAUUUUUGACGCAACGUUACUAGUAAAUAAUUUUUUUGUGGGCUGUAAAUUAAAAUAGUGUGGAGAUUUUAAAAAUUUGAAUAUUUAAAUUUAAACUUAUGAUUUAUAAAAUUUAUUUGGAUUAGUUGUUUGAAUUGAUACAGUUUUAAUUGAUAUUUCUGUGAGAAUAACCUUGACAUUUUAAAUUUAAAUUGUUGGAGUGCUAGUGCGGUGUUAAUUUAAAACAUACUGGGAUUAUUUGCUGUCGUAUUGUUUAUUAUUAUUUUUGUUUUGUUUACGUUUUGUUAUCGAUUUGUAGAAAUGCCGCUUUUUGGUAAAAAAGAUUCUAAUAAGAAAUUGAAAAAAGAUGGAAAAGAUGAUAAGAUGUCAUCUGUUGACGACAAAUACACGCUGAAAGAACUUCUUGGAACAGGCGCUUUCUCCGAAGUCAGACUCGCGGAGAGCAAAGAAAAACCUGGACAAAUGUACGCCGUUAAAAUAAUAGACAAAAAAGCCCUCAAGGGAAAAGAAGAUUCGCUGGAGAAUGAAAUAAAAGUACUGAGAAGGUUCAGUGAAACAGUGACACCACAGAGUGGUGAAGGGCCGUUCAAGUCUAAUAAUAGUGGCGAAAGAGGAUGGUUGACACACCCGAACAUCGUCCAGUUGUUGGAAACUUUCGAGGAUAAGCAUAAGGUCUAUCUUGUUAUGGAGCUGGUAACUGGUGGCGAGCUAUUUGACAGGAUUGUCGAAAAAGGUUCGUACACGGAGAAAGAUGCGUCUGGACUUAUAAGGCAAGUUCUCGAGGCUGUGGAUUACAUGCACGAACAAGGUGUCGUACAUCGUGAUCUAAAACCUGAAAAUCUCCUUUACUACAGUCCGGAUGAAGACAGUAAGAUUAUGAUAAGUGAUUUUGGUCUUUCGAAGAUGGAAGAUUCUGGUAUUAUGGCGACGGCAUGCGGCACUCCGGGAUAUGUUGCUCCUGAAGUAUUAGCGCAGAGGCCGUACGGUAAAGCCGUCGACGUUUGGAGUAUAGGAGUAAUAUCUUACAUUUUACUCUGUGGAUAUCCUCCUUUUUAUGACGAAAACGAUGCUAAUCUUUUUGCCCAAAUUUUAAAAGGUGAGUUUGAGUUUGAUUCACCUUACUGGGAUGACAUAAGCGAUUCAGCCAAGGAUUUUAUCCACAAACUUAUGUGUGUCAAAGUCGAAGAUAGAUACACUUGUAAACAGGCUUUGGCGCAUCCAUGGAUAUCCGGUAACGCAGCGAGCAAUAAAAACAUCCAUGGACCAGUACUAGGAAAGUCUCCUUCUUGUCUCAUGGUUGCAGCAAGCAUAUCAUGCGGCCACGGUGAUACGUCAGAUGCAGAGACUGGCGCUCAACAGUGGUCAGCACCAGCAGCAGCAACAGCAGCAACAACAACAACAGCAGCAGCAGCAGCUCCAGCAGCACCAGGACAUGGAAAUGACCGGGUCCUCCACCGGCAAUCAAAAGUUAUCACGAACCGAUCCAACGCUUGUCAAUCCUAUUCGUCCGCAUCGAAAGUAAGACAACACAGUAAUAAAUAUCAGCAGCAUCAGCAGCAAUUAAGAUUACGAGUUAAUUAUAAUUCAGUACAAUCAACAGCCGAAUCGCAUCCAAUAUCUACUGCUUGGCGUUCUCAAUUGUAUUUUCGUAAUAACAAACGCUUUCAGCUAUUCUGGGCUGAUACACGCACUGCACUCAUUAAUCUCUUCCAAAAAAAUGCAAAGUAUCUGAAGAAAAGAAAACAACAAUUGCGGUAAUUUUGUUGAAUCUCAUCAUACAAUUUGUUUAUCUUCAAUUAAUUGUAUUGUACUAUUAUUACUACUCCUACUACUACUACUACUCCUACUUCUACUUCUACUUCUACUAUUACAACUCUUAAAAAGAGUAUUAUCACAACACGCCUUUUUUUAUUUUUACUCUCUUGUUAUCUGUUUAUUUUUCUUAACUAUCUACUGUUAAAUAGAAUUUCCAAACUAAUGAUAUGUAAAUAAUCAUUCCCCAUCUCAAUUAACUAAUGGUAAUACAACGACAUAUUUUUGAUUGUAUAUUAUAGAAUCUCAUAGUUACUAUCGAAUCUUUACGUAUUGGUAAGGAAAAAAAAAAAAUAA